AUGGCACUUGCUCUAUCAGUUCUAGAGAAAUUGCAACAUCAACCAAAUUCAACCCUCUCUACCAUAUGUUUCAUAAUCAUAACCAUUUUGUGUGUCCUUAUUAAGUUCACAAGAAGUAACAAGAAGAUCAAUAACCUUCCACCAUCUCCACCAAAGCUACCAUUAAUUGGAAACCUUCAUCAACUAGGAACACUUCCACACCAAUCCUUAAAAGCACUUUCUGACAAAUAUGACCCUCUUUUGUUGCUUCAGUUAGGGCAAACUCAAGCCCUAGUUGUGUCUUCAGCAGAUAUUGUUGAAGAAAUAGUGAAAACACAUGAUGUUGCUUUCUCCAAUAGAGCAAACACUAAAGCUGCAAAGAUAUUCUUCUAUCAAUGCAAGGAGAUUGGUUUUGCACCCUAUGGAGAGGAAUGGAGAAAGAAAAGGAAGCUCUGUGUUAAUGAGCUUCUAAACACCAAUAGGGUAAAGUCCUUUCAACCCAUUAGAAAAAAUGAAGUAUCGAUGAUGAUUAACUCCCUACAUGAAGCUUGUGCAAAAGGAUCCUCGUUCGAAACUAGUGAUGAUGGUAGGAAAAGCAUUGCUGAGGUUGUGAGGAAGAUACAAUUUUCAAAACUUGGGGUUGGAGAUUUGUUCCCUUCAUUGGAUUGGGUUGAUGUUCUUACAGGUUUCAUGUCAAGAAUAAAGAUUAUUUAUGCCGAAUUAGAUGCAUUCUUAGAAGAGGUUAUUGAAGAGCAUAAGAGAAAGAAGAAAAAUUGUGAUGAUAAUAAUAAAGACUUUGUUGAUGUGCUUCUUCAACUUCAAGAGAGGGACAUGCCUGAGUUUGAGCUCACAAAAGAUAUCAUGAAAGCACUCCUCUUGGUUUGA